AUGAGUUCCUAUCAAUUUGUCAACUCGCUCGCGUCCUGUUACGGGAAUCAGGCGCCGGGGCGUACUGGUACGCCUGUCGAACAAGGUGGUCACCCCGGUUUGCCUACUCCGGGUGCUGAUUACUAUAACCCAAAUGCAGCAGCUUCAGCCUAUCCAAAUGCUUGUUAUUCACCACCACAGGUUGGCCACCAUUACCCGCAACAUCCAUACGCAACACCAGCAGCAGGUGCGCACAUGCAACCACAAACAAUGAUCGAUUACACACAACUACAUCCACAAAGACUUGGAAGCACCCCAAGCCAUAUGCAUCAACACUCUAACCCGAGUCCUGGGGCACUAUCGCCGAAUCUGAUGGCGACGCCAUCAAGUCAAGCAGCUAAUGCCAGUUGUAAAUUUGCCGACUCUACUUCUACAACUGGAGUCGCGUCUCCGCAAGAUCUUUCAACAUCGUCUGGGCCCGGUAGAACAUCUCCAGGCUUCGGCAAUGUUGGUCAAAACGCUGGAAAUACGAGCACUAAGCUCGGUCUCACGACGCCAAUUGCAUCACCAGUGGAACACAAAGCCAAUGUGAACCAGAACAUCUCAAGUCCGGCGUCAAGCACAUCGAGCAAUGAAAGCAAUGAAGCGAAUAAUUCCAGCUCAAAUAACACGAAGAAUUCAAAAACUGCAUCGAACACUCAAGCGAAUCCUCCACAAAUUUACCCAUGGAUGAAGCGAGUACAUCUCGGCCAAAGUACAGUCAACGCAAACGGGGAAACUAAGCGCCAGAGGACAUCUUACACUCGGUACCAGACUCUCGAGUUGGAGAAAGAAUUUCACUUUAACCGAUAUCUAACGCGGAGAAGAAGAAUUGAGAUCGCACACGCACUUUGCCUUACCGAGCGUCAGAUCAAGAUCUGGUUCCAGAACCGGCGCAUGAAAUGGAAGAAGGAGCACAAGAUGGCGUCGAUGAAUAUUGUGCCGUACCAUAUGAAUCCAUAUGGACAUCCUUACCAAUUCGACCUUCACCCGAGUCAAUUUGCUCACCUCUCCGCAUAG